AUGUCGAAACGUGGUGCAGAGCGCACUGAACCCGAAUCUUCCACUGCAACUUCACCUGCACAGUCGCACUCAGCUACUGCUGACCCUUCUGUCAAGGUAGAGACCUCGUCGCCGCCAGGAUCACGGAACAAGAGACGCGCAUCAGGAACUGGACCAUCGGUACCUACGAUGUCUGGCUCAUCAAGUGCAACAGGCGCCGCCGGCGCGGGUGAGGAAUCAAGUAUGGCUUCCCCAACCAUGGGACCACCUGCGAAGAAGAGCAGGACUAACACCCCAUGGACUCCUGCUGAGGAGCAGAGGUUAAAAACCAUGCGGGAUGCGGGCAAUAGCUGGGCAGACAUUGCAAAGACGUUCCCUAGUAGGACAGAAGGAAGUGUUAAGAAGCACUGGUACAAGGAUAUGCAUUACGCAGAGUUCGCUGAAGAUGAGAGCCAGGCCCUUCUUAACGCCAUCAAAGAGUAUGAAACGAAUAAGUGGAAGGAGAUUGGCAAGAAAGUCGGCAAGCCUGCUAAAGCAUGCGAGCAAUAUGCGAAGGAGCAUUUCGCAGGCAAGAUAUAG